AUGAAAACUGCAAUUGUCGUCGGCGGAAAUCGCGGAAUCGGGCUCGAAUGCGUCAAACUUUUGAUUGAAGAGAAAGAUGUUCAAAAAGUUGUCGCGACAGCGAGAAACCCGGAGAAAUUCCCGAAAAUAGAGAACGGUGAAAAAUUGCAAGUCGAAAAGCUAAAUAUAACCAGCGAAGAGAGUGUGCUGAGUUUUGCAGAGAAGAUGGGACCGUCUUCUUAUGAUAUUUUGGUUUUGAACGCGGGUGUGGCGCCAGAAGGGAAUGACAAAUCAUUUGAGAGUAUCAAAACGACCAUCGAUGUCAAUUAUUUCGGAAUUUCCUCUGCUCUAAAAUCACUGUUUCCUCUUGCUUGCGAGGAAGCUCGAAUCGUAUGCCUUUCCAGCGUCUUUGGACUUAGAGGAAUGCUCAAUUUGAAUCCGAAUCCAAACGUUUUCGAGGGAAAUUAUGUCUUUGAUUAUGGACAAAAGCUAUUUUCAACUACACUUGCAAAAACAACUUUUGACGAAUUGGAUAUUAUUGCAAAGAGAUUUAUCGAAGAUCAGAAAAACCCAUCUCAGGCUCAAGCUGAUGGUUGGCCAAGUCCAGAGCAAACGCCAAUGACUGCUUACGACAUGUCGAAGCUACUGGUUAACAAUCUCGUUCGGCUUUACGGUGAAAAAGCGGCUUCUGAGGGCAAAAAUGUUCUGAUAAAUUCCGCUUGCCCUGGAUUCUGCGAUACUGAUAUGACUGCUGGGGUUCCUUGCGAAAAGCCGAAAACUGCCAGGGAUGGGGCUGAAUCAGUCCUUUCUCUUUGCUUCAUCGCUCCAGGAAGAUCUCAGCCGAAUGGAAAAAUGCUCAUUGAUGCUUAA